AACAAAUUACCUGCUGCCUCCCCAGGUUUGGGGCGUGAUAAACUUGGUAUCAAAGCUGGUCGUGUCAUAGGGAGUCUACAAGUCGUGUCAGUCGAGAUGACCAUCUUUUUCCUCUUGUACUUACUUUCCAUCAUCAUGGUAUUGUUGGCUAUGGUUGGUGUGGAGCAUAUGAUUGCAGAGAAUCCAGGUGUGGAAGUUAUGGCCCUAACAUUCAUUUUCCUUUCAGGCUUCGCCACCAGCCAGAAUAUUGUGGUUAUCCAGGCUUCGAGUUAUCUUGUGACCGCGAAAACCAAACCAUACUCACACUUCCCAAUUCACUUAUACUAUCUGUAGGAGAUAUUGAUUAUAUGUCUCAACAGAUUAGCCUUUAUGAUCCUGAACGUUGUCUCAUUCUCAAGCUAUUGCACCUUAAUUUAUCAGCAUCUCCUUUCUUCUUCACUGUUGAACCUUAUCUUACACUAGGUGAUUUUUCAAUUUUCAAAUGUUCUGGUCUGCCAGCAGAUUAUCGGAACAUAGGAACAGCUUGUGCCUCUGACAAAGCAAUAUUUGCUGUUUACUACUCUUUGGAUUCACUCCCCCCUACAACUUGCAAAAAGAUUCAUGAAAUUCUGUCUAUUCCCUUGGAUACAAUUUACAGUCUGAUAACACUCAGUUGGCUUAAUCCAAUCUGUAGCUACUGUGAAGGUCUUGAAAAGGAUUGUGGCUUCAAGAACUAUACUAAACAACUGACUACUCAGUGUUUCGAUCGACCAUUUACUACAAAAGGCACAGUAAAGAAACCACUGAUUGCUGGUGGAGUUAUAGGUCUCAUUCUUUUGGGAAUUAUUAUGAUGGCAUUCUAUGAGUGUUAUAGCUCAAGCAAAAUUGAAAGAGAGAAUCAAGCCAGAGUUGAAAAGUUUUUGGAAGACUACAGAGCUCGCAGACCGACUAGAUAUACUUAUGCAGAUAUUAAAAAGAUAGCAAAUCUGUUUCAGGAAAUAUUGGGAGAGGGAGCUUAUGGGAUCGUUUAUAAAGGAACACUUUCGAAUGAAAUUCAUGUUGCUGUAAAAGUUCUCAAUGAUUCUGAAGGAAAUGGGAAAGAAUUUAUUAAUGAAGUUGCAGCAAUGGGGAAAAUCCAUCAUGUCAACGUGGUUUGCCUAGUUGGCUUUUGUGCUGAUGGAGUUAGAAGAGCUCUAGUGUUUGAAUACUUGCCAAAUCAGUCACUUGACAAGCUCAUUUUUCCGACAAGUUUCAAAGAUAAUAUCACCCUUACUUGGAAGAAGCUUCAUGAUAUUGCUAUGGGAAUAGCAAAAGGGCUGGAGUAUCUUCAUCAAGGAUGUGACCAACAAAUCCUUCAUUUCGAUAUCAAGCCUCAAAAUAUUCUGUUAGACCAUAACUUGAACCCAAAAAUCUCUGAUUUUGGUCUUGCCAAGUUAUGCUCUAAAGAGAAAAGUGUUGUCACUAUGACUGAAGCUAGAGGAACCAUGGGUUAUAUUGCACCAGAAGUGUUGUCAAGCAAUUUCGGAAAAGCGUCUCAUAAAUCUGAUGUCUAUAGCUUUGGAAUGAUGCUACUUGAAAUGGUUGGAGGGAGGAAGAAUUUUGAUGCAAAGGCGGAUACUAGCCAAAUGAACUUUCCCGAGUGGAUUCAACAGCGGCUGAAUCAAGGAGAAGAGUUGAAAAUCAGGAUUGAGGAAGAUGAUGAUGUUAUACUUGUAAGGAAAUUGGCUGUUAUAGGACUUUGGUGCAUCCAAUGGAAUGCGACAGAUCGGCCAUCCAUCAAAGUUGUUACUCAAAUGCUAGAAGGAGAUGGGAGCAAUCUAACUGUUCCUCCUCCUUUUACAACAAGAAACACCACUCACGUUGGCCCUUCUACGCAAGAGUUGACGGUAAUAUCAGAACUAGAAUGAAUGG